CAACCCUUUUUCAGAGUUCAGACCUCACGCUCUUAGCUUCUCACACUUACGCUGCAGUCCGCCACCGGCGACUCUGCGUUUCCGCCCUCCGCCCACCGCUGCCACGUAGCCCGCACCGCCGCAGCCACCACUCGACUGAACACGAGGGUGCAAAGAUAUGGCAAUUAGUUAUAUGCGGUCAUUAAAAAGUGUCGUCAUCCCCAAGGAGAUUGCUGGAGUAAUUGGCUGCAGAACAUUUGCUGCCGGAGGUGGUAAAAAGAAAGGCUCUAAAGGGGGUGCAGCUGCUGAUGCUCCAAAGGUGUCUUCACUCAGCAAAGAAGUCAAAGCAAGCACGGUUGUCGGUGCUAAUAUACUCAAGGAUGGAGCGGACCCUAAAGUCUUGCCUGACUCCGAGUACCCUGAAUGGCUGUGGCACUUGCUGGAUAAAAAACCAGCACUUAGUGAGCUAAGAAGGAAAGACUUAGAGACACUCCCUUACGAGGACCUCAAACGCUUUGUCAAGCUCGAUAACCGAGCAAGGAUCAAGGAAAAUAAUUCUGUUAGGGCCAAGAACUAAGUGUAGUCAACAUCAGUCCUUUCUAUACUUCAAUGUUUUGUUGUCAUGCAUCAUGAAAGAUAAAAGAUUUUGUAUGAAUUAUGAUGGUUGAAAUUACUUCAAUGUUUUGUUGUCAUGCAUCAUGAAAGAUAAAAGAUUUUGUAUGACUUAUGAUGGUUGAAAUUUUGCUGUGUUGAAGUAGGCAACACAAGCGUUUCUUUUCUCAUUA